UCUCUCACACAGUCACAUCUCACGCACACACGUCCUCGUCCCCUUCCCUGACAAACACCUCGCGACCACUGCUGCUGCAAGACACCUUCUCCUCCAAGACUCCGCGACACCAACUACCCACCACCUGCCUUCGCGAGCUUCCGAUCGAGACGAACGAACACCACCACCACACACAGCGACGAGUUCGUACAAACAACCAGAGGCUUCGUCCCAAUCACAACGAUCAACAACGACAACAACAGAGCCAUGACUUCCGUCCACAAGCCCGACCUCUCCGGCCUGCCCGCCUUCAACGUCGCUGGCGGUCGCCCCGACGAGCGCUUCGGUACCAGGGGCUCCUUCACCCGCGGCGUGCACAUCAUGUCCGGUGGCCAUGCUCGCGAUGUACCGCUCGAGGCCGAGGUCGACCACGGCAAGGUGCUCUUCGUGUCCGCCGUCCACAAGCCGGAUCUCUCCGCCGAGGCCCGCACCAACGCCGUCCGCCCGACGGAGCGCCUCGGCUCCCGGGGCCGCUUCACCGCGGGCGUCCGUCGCUGGGCCGGUGGCGAGCCUCGUGACGUGCCGCUCCCGCGCGUGUGCGACCCGGGUACCGUCCUGUUCGAGUCCGCCUCGGAACGUAGCAGGCCCUCCUUGUCCUUUUCGCGCGAGACCAACGUGUCCGGAGGCAGGCAGGACGAGCGCCACGGGCGGCUGGGAUCGUUCGAGCACGGGGUCGUCGAGGCUCGGGGAGGGCCGCUGCAGGUUCAGGCGGCCUUCGCGCGCGAUGUGGAGCAGCUGUGGCACGAGGGCGGGCAGAAGGAGAACAAGUACCGCCGCUGCGGGCCCAGCCACUUCGUCGCCGGCGUGUCUAUUCUGUCGGGCGGCAUGCCGGUCUACUGAGAGUAGAGAAUGACUGCUGUUGCUACUGUAAGGAGAGUAUGAGGCGCUUGUCAUGCUGUCCGCCUCAUGCGUGGUUGGUCAUUCACCAAAGGUUGCUCAUUGUUGGCAGCGUGUUAGCGUGUUUGGUCUUCCACCGGCACCAGCGCGAACUUACCGUUGAUUUCUUUUUUGAGAGAGGGGGCAAUGUUGAGAAGGUUGCUAUCCUUUCGGGUCGUUUUACAUCGAUGGGUGCCUGUGGUGUGCUACAUGUUGAGAGCACCACGCAGCGGCGGCGGGGACCAAGAUGGUCGGCUUGAAUAAACGUUGUUCAUGACUUGUUCGUGACGAGUGUUGGAGGAGUCGAACAAGUUAAGAAGUUCGUGGUGUUGUAGUUGAUAGAAUAGGAUGAUUAGAAGUGAUGACCUGUGUUGGACAUGAUGCUAUGUGAAGUGGUUGUUGUCUCAAGGGGGGCGAAAGCGGUAGUUGUUCGUCCGUGUACACCCUCCCCGCCCCAUCGACCCCCGGCAAGGGAUCCAGUACUGAAUUGGGGUACAAGAGAUUCUCGGCUAGUGUCAUUGUCGCCGCUAAGGUUUCGUGUGGUAUUCGUCUCGGUGUCUGUUUUUUCAAUAAUGGAUGGGGGUACGGUGGUGGGUGUUGACGUGACGUGCAUGGCGUUACUUGAAGGAUAUUUUUUCAUUCCGAUCGACAUAUUAGUCCGAGAACGAUGAAUAUAGAAAGGUGUGUACUAGUAGACUCUACUGCUGCUGUAGUUUAGUUGUGCCUCUUUGCUGUUGUUUUGCGAGGGGGUGCUCUAGCGGGGGGGACGCCAUGACGCGCACAUGAUUAAAGGAGAGCGGGAGAUACGUAGAAAUAUCCAGGAAUUGAAUGGGUUUGGCGUGAGCGGGUAGAAAAUCGAA